AUGGGAAAGACAAGGGAGAAGAAGAGACUGAGAGAGCCAGGAAGUGACGGGGCUUUUUCCGGUGAAAGAAUUCAGGAAGAGCAGACUGAAAUUGCUUUACUGGUGGUUGACUGUGGUGGUGUUGCUGUGAAACCCACACAAGCUUUAAGUGGGAAGUUUGACAUGUCGAAAAUGAGGGAAUUGAUCGCCCAUUGGGUGCUUAUGCAUGAACAUCCAUUUACAGUUGUGGAGGAAGAGGGCUUGAACAAUAUGAUAAAGUAUGAGAUUCCUGGAUGGACUCCGGUUUCCCGUUAUACUUGUAAAAAAGAUUGUAUGAAGGUAUAUGAAAGUGAGAAGACCAAAUUGAAGACUUUGUUGAAGACUGUGACAAAAACCAGUUUGACUACAGACUUAUGGAAUUUAGGGAAUCAAAAGAUGGAGUAUAUGGUGUUGACCGGGCAUUGGAUAGAUAGUACUUGGAGGCUUAAUAGACGUAUCCUCAACUUUGUUCGUCUACCUCCUCCCCGGACUGGUAUUGCGAUUGCGGAUGGCAUUUUCAAGUGCCUAAUAGGAUGGGGAAUUGAAAAUAAGGUAUAUACUAUUUCUGUGGAUAAUGCUUUAAGUAAUGAUGUUGCGAUUAAGGUUUUGAAGGAAAAUUUUGAAGUUUCGGGGAAACUCCUUUGUGGAGGUAAACUGUUUCACGUGAGAUGCUGCACACACAUCUUGAACCUGAUUGUUCAAGAUGGACUUCAUCAAAUUAGGCACAUCAUUGACGACAUCUAUGAGAGUGUGUUGUAUAUCAACAGUUUAGAAAGCAGACUCAAGGUAUUUUCUGAGAUUGUUCAACAACUUAAAUUGCCGUAUCGGAAGCUUAUUCUUCAUUGUAAAACAAGAUGGAAUUCUACCUAUGAAAUGUUGGCAACGAUAAUUAAGUUCAAACAGGUUUUUCCAAGAGUGAAAGAGAGGGAUAUCAAUUAUCAUAAUAACCUGAGUGACGAGGAUUGGAAGAAAGUGGAGAAAGUUUGUGAAGUUUUGAAAGUAUUCAGUGGUUCAACCAAACUCAUUUCAGGAAGUGAUUAUCCGACAUCUAAUUUAUUCUUGAAGGAGGUGUGUGUAGUGAAAUGUAUGUUGGAUAGCAAAAGUGAAUCUGAAGAUGAUUUUAUUAGAGUAAUAGUUAGGAAAAUGAAGCAUAAAAGGACAGAAGGACGGGCAAAUAUGGUGACGGUCCGGGAUGUAUUGUAUGAGUUAUAUGGGGAGUAUGUUCAAGCUAACCAAGGUGUGACUAUCGCCCGUGCUUCUACUUCACAAGGGGAUGGACAUGGAACCAUUGAUGAGGUGGCUGCGGUUGAAGGAGCCAAGGCCUGGGAUGAUUUUAGUACUUUUCUGGACGUGGUUGAAACUGUUGAGCCUAGUCAGUCUGAGUUGGAUUGUUAUUGUGGAGAGGGAUGCCAUAAGUGUGUGGGGGAUCAUGACUCAUUCGAUGCCUUACAGUGGUGGAAGGCAAAUUCAACCAAUUUUCCUGUAUUGUCUAGGAUGGCUCGAGAGAUACUAGCCAUCCCGAUCACUAUGGUUGCUUCAGAGUUUGUAUUCAGUGCUGGGAGCAGGGUUAUUGAUAGUUACCGAGCUUCUUUGUCACCAGCUACGGUGGGGAUGUUGUUAUGUGGAUGUGACUGGUGUCGCACUUUGAAUGGAGUGAAGAAAGGGUGCAAAAAAGAGGAGGAUGAGAAUCACUUCGAGAUUCAGCUUCCUGUUCUAUCAGGUGAUGAGAGUCAGCAGAUUGGUUGA